GCCCCGCGGGCUGCUGGGAGUCGAGGACUGCGUUGCUCUCCUUCCCCGGUCCCGCCCCCGUCUGUCUGUGUCUACGGCAGACGCUAUCGAUAAAGUUGUUGUUUUGACAAUAUGGCGGCGCCGUUGGUGCGUGGCCGGGAAGUGUUCGCCUAAAGGUGGAAAACGAGUAGAGGAGCCGCAGGCCAGAGCCUGUGAGCAGGGUUUUCCCACCUUCUGAAGAAUGGCUUCAGCUUGGCAGAGAUUGAGUUUUUAUGCCUCUCUUCUGAAAAGACAGUUAAAUGGUGGGCCAGAUGUCAUCAAGUGGGAAAGAGUAAUUCCCGGAUGUACUAGAAGUAUCUAUAGUGCCACGGGAAAGUGGACAAAAGAGUAUACACUGCAGACCAGAAAGGAUGUUGAGAAAUGGUGGCAUCAACGAAUAAAAGAACAGGCCUCCAAAAUUUCAGAAACGGAUAAAUCAAAGCCCAAAUUUUACGUGCUUUCCAUGUUCCCUUAUCCUUCUGGUAAGCUGCACAUGGGCCACGUGCGUGUCUACACCAUCAGCGACACCAUAGCACGCUUCCAGAAGAUGAGAGGGAUGCAGGUCAUCAACCCCAUGGGGUGGGAUGCUUUUGGAUUGCCUGCUGAAAAUGCUGCGAUCGAGAGGAAUCUGCAUCCAGAAAGCUGGACGCAAAGUAAUAUUAAACACAUGAGGAAACAGCUUGAUCGACUGGGCCUGUGCUUCAGCUGGGAUAGGGAAAUAACUACGUGUUUGCCAGAUUACUACAAGUGGACUCAGUAUCUCUUUAUUAAACUGUAUGAGGCUGGACUGGCUUAUCAGGAGGAGGCCUUGGUUAACUGGGACCCAGUGGAUCAAACAGUGCUUGCCAAUGAGCAGGUGGAUGAACAUGGCUGUUCCUGGCGUUCUGGAGCCAAGGUGGAACAGAAGUACCUCAAACAGUGGUUUAUUAAGACAACCGCUUAUGCAAAGGCCAUGCAGGAUACGUUGGCAGAUCUUCCAGAAUGGUAUGGAAUAAAAGGCAUGCAAGCCCACUGGAUUGGGGACUGUGUGGGCUGCCACCUGGACUUCACAUUAAAGGUUCAUGGGCAAGUCACGGGAGAAAAGAUGACUGCCUAUACAGCCACCCCUGAAGCCAUUUACGGCACCUCCCAUGUGGCCAUCUCGCCCAGCCACAGACUAUUACACGGGCACAGCUCUCUGAGGGAAGCCUUGAGGAUGGCCCUUGUCCCUGGCAAAGACUGCCUCACGCCAGUGAUAGCUGUGAACAUGCUCACCCAGCAGGAGGUCCCUGUCGUUAUUUUGGCCAAAGCUGACCUUGGAGGCUCUCUGGAUUCCAAAAUAGGAAUUCCCAGCACCAGCUCGGAGGACACCAUCUUAGCCCAAACCCUAGGCCUGGCCUACUCUGAAGUCAUUGAAACUUUGCCAGAUGGCACAGAGCGACUGAGCAACUCUGCUGAGUUCACAGGUAUGACCCGGCAUGAUGCUUUUCUAACCCUGACUCAGAAAGCCCGGGGAAAGAGAGUGGGUGGAGACGUGACUAGUGAUAAACUGAAAGACUGGCUGAUCUCACGGCAGCGGUACUGGGGCACACCGGUCCCCAUUGUCCACUGUCCAGUGUGUGGUCCCACGCCUGUGCCCCUGGAGGACUUGCCCGUGACCUUGCCCAACAUCGCGUCUCUCACUGGCAAGGGAGGUUCCCCACUGGCCAUGGCUUCAGAGUGGGUGAACUGCUCCUGCCCGAGGUGCAAGGGAGCAGCCAAGAGAGAGACAGACACUAUGGAUACCUUUGUUGAUUCUGCUUGGUACUACUUCAGAUACACUGACCCUUACAAUCCACACAGCCCUUUUGACACAGCAUUGGCUGAUUACUGGAUGCCCGUGGAUUUGUACAUUGGAGGGAAAGAACAUGCUGUCAUGCACUUGUUCUAUGCAAGAUUCUUUAGCCAUUUUUGCCAUGAUCAAAAAAUGGUUAAACAUAGGGAGCCUUUUCAUAAGCUGCUGGCCCAGGGCCUUAUCAAGGGGCAGACAUUCCGCCUACCGUCUGGACAGUGUCUACAGAGAGAGGAAGUGGAUCUCACAGGUUCUGUUCCUGUUCAUGCAAAAACAAAAGAGGAGCUAGAGGUGACAUGGGAGAAGAUGAGUAAGUCCAAACACAACGGGGUGGACCCAGAGGAAGUCGUGGAGCAGUAUGGGAUUGACACGAUCCGGCUCUACAUCCUUUUUGCUGCCCCUCCCGAGAAGGAUAUCUUGUGGGAUGUGAAGACUGACGCUCUCCCUGGGGUGCUGAGAUGGCAACAACGGCUGUGGGCCUUGACAACUCGGUUUAUUGAGGCCAGGGCUUCUGGGAAGGCUCCCCAGCCUCAGCUGCUGAGUAACAAGGAGAAAGCUGAGGCCAGGAAGCUCUGGGAGUACAAGAACUCCGUCAUCUCUCAGGUGACCACCCAUUUCACAGAGGACUUCUCACUGAAUUCUGCGAUUUCUCAGCUAAUGGGACUCAGCAGUACCCUCUCGAUGAGGACAUUGAAGCCCAGGGAAGUUAGAUGACAUGUCUAGUUGAUUAGUGACAAAUCUGGGACCAGACUCAGGCCUCCCGUCUUCUGGCUCUUUGUGCCCCUGCUGUCUGAUUUCCUGAAUGAAUUGUGAUACCUUCUCAGCGUUGUUACAUUUGAUAUUCAUUUAACCUGGAUGGAUCAGGAUCGUUCUCACCAGUACCAAAAAUCAGCCUUUUCAUAUGGCCUCUUUUCUUGCAAUGUGUCACUGCCAUUUUUCUUGCUAGGGAGAGGAUUUAUCAACAAGUGUUCUUAGCUCUUAGGCAACAAAAGCAUUCAUUAACGCUAUUAACAAAUGCUUUUUUAAAAUGAAGCCCUCUCCAAGCUUUUAAGACAGGUAGGGGCCAGGUACGGUGGCUCAUGACUGUAAUCUCAACACUUUGGAAGCCCAAGGUGAGAGGAUCACUUGAGGCCAGGAGUUCAAGACCUGCCUGGACAACACAGAAAAUAAAAUAAUUAGCCAGGCGUGGUGGCGUGUGCCUGUAGCCAGCCAGGAAGCUGAGGCAAGAGGAUCGCUUGAACCCAUCCUGGGCAACAGAGCAAGAGACCCUAAAAGUAAAAUAAAAGUCUCUAAAAGUAAAAUAAAAAAGGUAAUUUUUUAAAAGCAAAAUAAAGAUAAAAAAGAACAAUGGAAGAAAUUUACAAAUUUGACUACAUAAAACUUGACAUUUUCAGUAUAUUAAAAAAAUUACAACAUGUCAGACAGAAGUUUAAUAUCCUUAAUAGAUAAAGUACUCUUGCAUUUUAAUAUGAAAAUAACAAAAAAUGGUCAAGGCAUAGGAAAAGAUAAUAACUCACAGAAAACGAUAUAGAAAUGGCCAGUAAAUUUAUGGAGAAAAAAUAUUGCCUCUUUAUUUAUCAUGAAAGGCAAAUGUAAAACAAGAUGCUAUUUUUUUUUAACCUGUCAAUGCAUUGCUGAGAAUGCUUUAACAUAACUAUUCAGGGCCAGGCACAGUGGCUCAGGCCUGUAAUCCCAGCACUUUGGGACGUCGAGGCAGCAGGAUCGUUUGAGCAGGAGUUUGAGAUCAGCCUGGGCAACAUAACAAGACCCCAUCUAUAAAAGACUUAAAAAUUAGCCAAGUUUGAUGGCAUUUACCUAUAGUCCCAGCUACUCAGGAGGCUGAGGCAGGUGGGUCCCUUGAGCCCAGAAAUUGAGGUUGCAGUGAACUAUGAUGGCACCACUGUACUCAGGCCUGGGUGACAGAGCAAGACCCUACCUCAAAAACGUAAAAAUGUAACUAUUCUCCAUGCUAUUGAAAAGAUGGCAAAACAGAUUUUUACACACCAAUGCGACAGGUGUGGUUGUUCUAACCUUGCCAGGAAGCACUCUGGCUGUCAGGUUGCUUGUGUUAUAUCCUCUGAUCCAGGAGUGUUCAUUGCAGAUAAUUUAUAAUCACAGAGACUUGAAACCCCAAAUGUCCUACGAUGGAGGAAUUGUGAAAUUACUGAUGUCCUAUCAAUAAGAAGGGAAUGUGCCACCACCAUUAACAUCAUGUCUUCCAAGAAUACUUAAUAUCAGAAACUGUUUAUAAUGUAAUGUUAAGUAAAAACACAUGACACAAGGCCCGGCGCGGUGGCUCACACCUGUAAUCCCAGCACUUUGGGAGGUUGAGGCAGACAGAUUGCUUGAGGUCAGGAGUUCAAGACCAGCCUAGUCAUCAUGGUGAAACCCUGUCUCUACUAAAAGUACAAAAAAUUAGCCGGGUGUGGUGGCACAUACCUAUGGUCCCAGCUACUCAGGAGGCUGAGGCAGGAGAAUUGCUUGAACCAGGAGGUGGAGAUUGCAGUGAGCUGAGAUCACACCACUGCAUUUCAGCCUGGGCAACAGAGAGAGGCUCUUCUCUAAAAAAAAAAAAAAAAAACAAAAGCGUUCAUAUGAACUGGGAACUGUGUGCAGUGGUUCACACCUGUAAUCCCAGCAUUUUGGGAGGCCAAGGCAGGCAGAUGACUUGAGCCCAGGAGUUCGAGACCAGCCUGAGCAACAUAGUGAGA